AUGAAGAAAGACUCCAGCGAGCCUCUCAAGUCGCUGUCGAAGAUAGAGAAGAACCGCAAGUCAACGGUGUGGCAGUUCCUCUUCUCUCACUUCAUCCAGAGCAUGGGUGGAAAGACUGGAGGACAAGAUCAAGAAUCUAGGGUGGCUCUCACUAUCGACAUGUCUGCCAUCCACCUUCGACCCAUCAACUAUGCUGCAGUGAUCUUCGAUGACCUAGAGCUAAAGCUGAACAAACGCCAGAGGGAGAAGGUUGUUCCCUACACUAGAUUCCUCUCGAUGGUGUUUUCCAAGAUCUUCGACGAGAAGUACUCCAAGGAAGCGAAUAUCCUCCAUGAUGAUGAAACACCCACCACUGGACCUGAGAUUGCUUCUCUCGAAGCAUAUCAGCAAACAGGCUCCUAUCCUCUCGAAGGCACCAUGGAGCGCACCAGCAUUAAUCCUUCAGAUAACGCUGAAGAACCCUCAAGUCCUUUUACAGAACCAGCCAUGGGAGAAGAGUACGACAUGGCUGAAGAUGUAAAGCUGCUCCUCCCUGCCGUUGAGACUAUCUUCAUCAAAAUGGACGAAGUCCAUAAGGGCAUGCCUCAAAAGGACGAAGUAGCUGCUGACCUCUUAGCUGUCCGGGCUAAACCAAUCCUGGCACCUGAACCAUCGUUCACUGCUGGUGACCGUGCACAACUAGAUGACACACGUGAGGCUGCUGUUCUCUUAGCCUGCGCUAUGACUAGAGUCGAAGAGAUGAUGGCGCUCCAGAUCCAAACUGUUGACCAUUUCUUUGUGACCGAUGCUGAAGCUGAAGCUCCUAGAGUUAAAGCUGAAGUUGAUGUCGCUGAUGAAAAUCCAACUUCCUGUGAAGCUCCUGUAGUUGAGGAUGUUGAUGUCGUCCGACCUAACACUGAAGCUCGUGACAAUAACCUUCCAAUCAACUUUGUAGUUAAUGCUGGUGAUAUGGAAGAUGAUGAUGAAGAAGACGAUGAGGUAGACAUUGAAUCUUCCGACCUUCCUGACGCUGGCAAAGACCUGGAUGAUGAUGAUGAUGAUGAUGAUGAAGAAGACGACGAUGACGACGACUUCACAAUUUAG